GGGGCCGAUGGUAAAACUGGAACGAAGAUUGCUACACCUCGGGGAGCAGCUCCCCCAGGCCAGAAAGGCACAUCCAACGCCACCAGGAUCCCAGCGAAGACCACACCCAGCCCAAAGACCCCUCCUGGCUCAGGCGAAACACCAAAAUCCGGAGAACGCAGCGGCUACAGCAGCCCCGGCUCCCCUGGGACCCCUGGCAGUCGCUCCCGCACCCCAUCCCUACCAACGCCGCCCACCCGGGAGCCCAAGAAGGUGGCGGUGGUCCGCACUCCCCCCAAGUCGCCAUCGGCCAGUAAGAGCCGCCUGCAGACUGCCCCUGUGCCCAUGCCAGACCUGAAGAAUGUCAGGUCCAAGAUUGGCUCCACCGAGAAUCUGAAACACCAGCCAGGAGGUGGGAAGGUAAGGGCGUGGCCAGCCAUGCGGUCCGGUCGGGGUGCAGUCUCCAAACGAGCCCAGGCAGAUCUCUAGCCAGACUUGGCUUCUG